UGUUUGUAUUCGCUCCGCCCGGUAUCUACAGCGAAUUUUUUUUUUAUUUUUUUUGCAGUCGCGACGAUCGGCUUCGCCCUUGAAAUUUGAGUUUCCGUUACGAAAACUUUGUGAACAUGAUGAAUCAUAUCCUUGCCCUAAGCAGACAGCCCUCUCGGCGUGCUCUGAGCACCAUAUCGCAAACAAAGAUCAAAACCUUACCGAGUGGGAUCAAGCUGGUGGUAGAUGAGACUCCCAGUCAUUUCAGUGCUGUCGGACUAUAUGUUAAUGCCGGCUCCAGAUUCGAAGAUAGAUAUGAUCUAACAGGGUGUUCUCACCUGAUGGAUAAAAUGGCAUAUAGAAGCACUACUGAAAUGUCUGGAGCGGAAAUGGUGGAGAAACUUAAUCACUUGGGUGGCAACUAUAUGUGUGCGUCAUCAAGAGAGACUCUUAUUUAUCAAGCAAGCGUAUUCAACCAAGAUGUGGACAAAAUGUUUAAACUCUUGAGUGAUGCAAUUGCCAGACCAGCAUUGCUAGACGAGGAGAUAAACGAGCAAAUCAACAACGCGCGGUAUGAACUGAAUGAGCUGUGGCUUCAAAGCGACAUGAUACUGCCAGAACUCCUACAACAGACGGCAUACAACGGCAAGAAUCUGGGUUGUCCUCUGCUCUGCCCUCAGGAGGAGUUGGACAAUGUGACAUCGGCCAAAUUGCGCCAAUAUAGAGACUUGUUCUAUAGACCCGAUCGACUGGUGGUGGCUAUGAGCGGUGUACCUUUUGAAAAAGCCGAAGAACUUACAUUGAAAAAUCUCGAAGAUUUCAAAGCCAGAAAUAGCACAGAGAUUAUCAAGGACCCAGCAGUGUAUACAGGGGGAGAGUUCUCGACUCCUUACCCUGAAGAGCUUGCUUACAUGGGUCAAGAAUUUCAUCACAUCCAUGUUGGCUUUGAAGGUGUGCCCAUUCAAGACGAAGAGGUCUACAAGCUCGCUACCUUGCAAAUGCUCAUUGGGGGAGGUGGCUCAUUUUCUGCUGGUGGUCCUGGAAAAGGAAUGUACUCUAGAGCAUACACGCGAAUCCUGAACCAGUAUGGAUUUGUGGAGUCGUGCAAAUCUUUCAUUCACAACUUCAGUGACAGUGGGUUAUUCGGCAUCUCUUUGAGUUGCAUUCCACAGGCGAACCGUGUGAUGGGCGAGCUGAUUGGAUUUGAGCUCUCGCUUUUAAUGGAGGAUAAUGCCAGAAAUGGCGGAAUCACAGAUAGCGAGGUCGAACGAUCCAAGAAUCAGCUGAAGUCGUCCUUGAUGAUGAAUUUAGAAAGUAAGAUGGUCCAAUUGGAAGACAUGGGUCGUCAAGUCCAGAUCUACGGCAAACGAGUCGACGUACUCGAGAUGUGCGAAAAGAUUGAUAGAAUCACCAGACAUGACCUUAUAGAUAUUGCCAAGAGGGUGCUUACCGGAAGCAAGCCAACCAUUGUUAUCCAAGGCGAUAGGGACUCUUUUGGAGAUGUUGCGGAGACUCUGGCCAAGUCCGGUUUGGGAACUGAUAAGAAAACAAAGAAGGGUUGGUUCGUGUAAAUAGUUAGUUUUCUAGCCAUUCAGAAUCAUUCAAUGCUUGAUGGAAAUGUUUUUCUAUAUUUUGGUGAGCUUUUUGUCGUUCAGAGCUCUGUUUCUCGUAUUUGUGUAUAGUAGUCUUUAGCCCGGUUUUGAAGGAAGAGAAAACCUUUUCAUCCUUCUCUGAUACCUUUGUCGUUAUUUGCACCAUUUGAUUCCCCACAUGAGCACUCGGAACUCCAUGUAUCUGGCGGCUCCAGUGCGCCUUUUCGUCC